UCUCGAUGGACAUCAUGGAGCAGCAGCCGGAAGUUGAGUUCCAUAUAAGUACCUAACAUUAUGAGGAACCGUGAGGGACCGUCUCUUCCCUAUCAAAACCACCGAGCUCACUAGCAUUUUCUAUUGUUUAUCUCGAAUCUCCCGUAGAGGAGCGCAGUUUACAACCUUCUGGACACUACUCAAAGAAUCGAUAACGGGGCAUAUACAGAUUCACAAUGUCUAGCGACGAGUUGGUGGCGCAGACGCUCUUCGACGUCAAGGGCUUCGUGGCCGUGGUGACUGGUGGUGGAAGUGGCAUAGGUCUCAUGGCUGCACAGGCCCUGGCUGCUAAUGGUGCUCGUGUGUAUGUGGUUGGAAGGAGAAACGAGCCACUUCACACUGUCGCCAAGAAAUAUUCUUCAAAUGGGCAGAUUAUCCCGUAAGUUAUUCAAUUAUGUGCCCAGUAGGCUAUGGAUAUGGGCGGAUCUCUGACUUUCCAAUGCCGUAGUCUUCCAGGAGACAUCGCCCAUACGGAUGGCGUUAAAGCCAUCGCAGCCGAACUUGAAAAGAAUGAAGACAAAGGAAUCAACAUCCUAAUCAACAACGCCGGCGUCUCUCCUGAAUCCCGCGCCACUAGUCAGGCCGACAAAGUCGACUUCUCCGACGCAAAUGCAGUCGGCAAGUGGAUGGUCCUCGACGGCACCGAAGCCUGGCGUGAAUCAUAUGCCGGCAAUGUCGCUGCUCACCACUUCCUAACCGCUGCGCUGCUUCCCCUACUCAACAAGGGACGCGAGGCCAUUCCCGGACAUUCAAGUUCCAUCAUUAAUAUCUCGAGUACGGCGGGAAUGACGAAGACACCCUCUAGAGGCCAAUUCGCCUAUUCGUCCAGCAAAGCGGCUUUCUUGCAUCUGACCAAGGAAUGGGCGCAUACAUUCGUGCCCCUGCGCAUUCGGGCCAAUUGUAUUGCCCCAGGUCUGUUCCCGUCAGAAAUGACGACUGGCGGAUCGGAUGAGAAUCAGAAAUCGCACAUCAUCGGUGCUGGGCAGCAUUUCCCUGCAGGUCGUACUGGACGAGAGACCGACAUUGGUAGCGCUGUCCUCUACUUGGCCAGUCGUGCAGGAACCUACGUGAACGGACAAGUGGUUCAUGUCGAUGGCGGUCUCCUUUUGAAGACCCCUUCAUCUGGUUGAAUUGGUUGCAUGUACUGUCCUGUAGUGACAACUAACGCAAGGCUGAAGGUCUGGCAAGGAAAGUCAUGACAAAUAAGUAAGCAUAUGUAGCAUAAUGAAAUGAUAACAAGAAAGCUAAGAAAGAGAGUAUCGUAUCGUUUAUAAUGGAGCUACUAAGCCAUGGUAAAUGACAGCAGAGACGGUGCCAUUCUUCAGGCUAAAAUAGGGAGAACGGGCAACUAACGCGUUGGAGAUGCUUCCAGCCAAGGAUCAAUCAAUAUGAGGAUCCUGACCAAGAACAUGCGUUCUCCACGUUUUGAACAAUUGGCUCUGUAUUUGCCGCUGUUUCUGCCAAGGCCCGCGCGUCAAAACAUGAU